AUGCCCGGCCGCGUUGAUAUCGCUCUAACCAAACUGACCGCCUUCCCAGUUCUGUGCCAUGAGUCUCUCAAAGUUGCCCGGGUGUUGGUCACAGGGGCCAGUUCUGGUAUUGGUGAACAAAUGGCAUAUCAUUAUGCCCGCUUUGGAGCCCAGAUUGUUAUCACAGUGAGGAGGGAGAAGGUUUUGCAGCAGGUUACGGAGAAGUGUCUAAAUCUGGGAGCCCAGAAAGCUCUUUAUGUACCAGCAGACAUGUCGAAUGAGUCUGACCCGGACAAAGUGGUGGAUUUUGCUCUGGAGAAACUGGGAGGCCUGGACUACCUGGUUCUCAACCACAUCGACGCAACUCGCUUUGUCAUGUUGGAUGAAGACGUGGACCACGUCAAGUGGCUCAUGAAGCCCAAUUUCUUUAGCUACAUACAGAUGGCCUGGAGAGCCUUGUCCUCACUGGAGCAAAGUAAAGGGUCUAUGAUAAUAGUGUCAUCAAUUGCCGGGAGAAUUUCAAAUUAUAUGGACACUACA